CCUGCCACAGGUCUUGGUCACUCUGCAGAACUGGCAUUUGUCCUGGAGCCUAGCGAUGAUGUUGCUGUCCCCGGGCAGCCUGUGGUGCUGGGCUGCAAAGUGGAGGGGACCCCGCCUGUGCGAAUCACCUGGAGGAAGAAUGGAGCGGAGCUGCCUGAGGGCGCCCGCGCCACCCUGCUGGCCAAUGGGUCCUUGCUAAUCCCUCACUUCUGUGCUGGGCAGGCAGGUGGCCUGUCGGAUGAGGGCGACUAUGAGUGUGUGGCCCAGAACCGCUUUGGGCUGGUGGUCAGCCGCAAGGCACGUGUCCAGGCUGCAACCAUGUCAGACUUCCACGUGCACCCCCAGGCCACUUCGGGCGAGGUAGGCGGUGUGGCCCGCUUCCAGUGCCAAAUCCACGGGCUUCCCAAGCCUGUGAUCAUGUGGGAGAAGAACAGAGUGCCCAUUGACACCGACAAUGAGAGGUACACGUUGCUGCCCAAGGGGGUCCUGCAGAUCACGGGCCUCCGGGCCGAGGACAGUGGCGUCUUCCACUGUGUGGCCUCAAACAUCGCCAGUGUCCGGAUCAGCCACGGGGCCCGGCUCACGGUGUCAGGCCCGGGCUCUGGGGCCUACAAGGAGCCCAUGAUCCUUGUGGGGCCUGAGAACCUCACCCUGACCGUGCACCAGACCGCAGUGCUGGAGUGCGUCGCCACGGGAAACCCGCGCCCCAUUGUGUCCUGGAGCCGCCUGGAUGGCCGCCCCAUUGGGGUAGAGGGCAUCCAGGUGCUGGGCACGGGGAACCUCAUCAUCUCCGACGUGACUGUGCAGCACUCGGGUGUCUACGUGUGUGCAGCCAACAGGCCGGGCACACGGGUGAGGAGGACGGCACAGGGCAGGCUGGUGGUACAAGCACCAGCCGAGUUUGUGCAGCACCCACAGUCCAUCUCCAGGCCGGCAGGGACCACAGCCAUGUUCACCUGCCAGGCGCAGGGUGAACCGCCGCCCCACGUCACGUGGCUGAAGAAUGGGGAGGUGCUGGGGCCUGGAGGCCACGUGAGACUCAGGAAUAACAACAGCACGCUGACCAUUUUGGGCAUUGGCCCCGAGGAUGAGGCCAUCUACCAGUGCGUGGCAGAGAACAGUGCAGGCUCAUCCCAGGCCAGUGCCAGGCUGACUGUGCUGUGGGCCGAGGGGCUCCCCGGGCCCCCCCGCAAUGUGCAGGCUGCCUCUGUGUCCCCCACUGAGGUCCGGGUGUCCUGGAGCGAGCCCUUGGUCAACACCAAGGAGAUCAUAGGCUACGUUCUGCACAUCAGGAGGGCUUCCGAUCCUCCGGAGCUGGAGUAUCAGGAAGCAGUCAGCAAGAGCACCUUUCAGCACCUGGUGAGUGACCUGGAGCCCUCCACGGCCUACAGCUUCUACAUCAAGGCCUACACACCGAGGGGCGCCAGCUCAGCUUCCAUCCCCACCCUGGCCAGCACCUUGGGGGAAGCUCCUGCCCCACCCCUGCUUUCCGUGCGGGUCCUGGGCGGCUCCUCCCUGCAGCUUCUGUGGGAGCCCUGGCCCCGGCUGGCCCAGCACGAGGGUGGCUUCAAACUGUUCUACCGCCAGGCGGGCAAGGCUUCCUUCACCGGCCCCGUCCUGCUGCCUGGUACCACCACUUCCUACAACCUCAGCCGGCUUGACCCUAGUGCCGUGUAUGAGGUGAAACUGCUCGCCUACAACCAGCAUGGAGACGGCAACGCCACGGUUCGCUUCGUGUCUUUGCGAGGCGCAUCGGACAGGACAGCCCUGAGCCCGCCCUGUGACUGCCGGAAGGAGGAAGCUGCCAACCAGACAUCUACCACAGGCAUCGUCAUUGGCAUCCACAUCGGGGUUACCUGCAUCAUCUUCUGUGUGCUCUUCCUCCUGUUCGGCCAGAGGGGCAGGGUCCUCCUGUGCAAGGAUGUGGAAAAUCAGCUCUCGCCUCCCCAGGGUCCCCAGGGCCAGAGGGACCCUGGUGUCCUGACCCUGAAUGGCACGGCUCGGGCAGAGCGGAGCCAGCUGGGCCAAGAAGAGAAGCGUGUGGAUGCCAAGGAACUGGAGCAGCUAUGUCCCCCGGCAGGGGCGUCGGGGCGGCCGAGCCCCAGGCCCACUGACCCCACAGGCCCUGCCCUGAUUGAGGAGACCCAGCUGUCCAUGCUGCCACUUCAAGGGUUCAGCCUUGUGGAGGGGAGGACACCAGAGGCCAAGGCCCCCUGCGUAGAGCCUGCGGUUGCCCCGCCACCCCAGGACGUGGGCCACGGUCUCCUCCGUGAAGGACAAGCUGCCCAGCCAGCCUGCUCAGGGCAGUAGGCAGUGCCCAGCCCGCUCUGGAGGCGGAAGCCCCCAUUCUCAGGUCACAGGCAAGAUUGCUCCUGUCCCAUGGGAGUUGGACGGUCCUGGGGAUGGCCCUGCAUUUCUGUUCUGACUGAAGGAGAGGGACCCCUGUGGGAGAUGGAGGGGUCCCUGCAGGAGCCCCUACCCCUGGGCUGAUAUGUCCUUGCUGCUGCCUGGUGCCCGUGUGACUUGGAGCUGAACUGAAGUUUUCCUGUAAACUCAAAACUGAAAAAGAGAAAGAAUACAGAGGAAGGUGAAUUAGACUCCAAAAACUUGCCCCUGCUGCGCCGGGCCUGGCACGGCCCCCUGGCCGACCUCGUUUUCUCAGGAUGGAUUUUGCUGUGUUGGCUCUCAGCACCUACCUCAGCCGGAAUGAAUGUCCUCGGGGAGGGGACGGUACCCCGGGCCCUGCCCCCCAGAGCCGAAUGCACGCCUACCUCAAGCCCCUCCGUGGG